UGUUAAUAAGCUUAAUUCGAAUGCUCACCACAGAGAGGAAGUGCUUUUUCUUUCUCCUUAAAAAAAAAAAGUUCCCGUCCAAACCAUCAGCCUCUGUAGGUUGCCUUAAUUGCUGCUUUGCACUGCACUGGACUAUGACUCUGAUUUUUGGCACAUGCCGUCAUACACCAAGUUCCUAAAAUAAAAUGCUCCAGGAUAUCCCAGGAACUCUUAGAGGGCUUUAAAAAGGGACUUGCACACCGAAACAAUAGCUUGGAUGGAGACAGUUGAGGCGAGCAGAAUGAUGAGUGCACAAGAAUUACGUGAUUCACUGAGACCUUAGAGCAGGGCCGGAGAAUCCUCGCCACCUAACUUAUCACGGUUUGGGGGAGUUUGAUGAGAAUCCAGUUUUGAUAAAGACAAUUGUUUUUUCCUCCCUAAGUGACUAUACAUUUAAAUAGCUAAAACAUCUGUUCAGCCACAUAGUAAAACAUGUACACUCAGAACGCCUGAGAGAAGAGCCUGCCAAAUCAUCGGUUGCGAGCGACUUUGCUGGGGGGGUGGGGUGGGGAGAGCACCAAGAUAAAGCAACCACUGUUUGUUUUGUCUGGUCAGGGGGAAAGCCAAGGCAACCAAUAUUUGGGGUUUCUUUUAUUUCAUUUGUGGAGAAAUAUUUGAGAAAGGGUGGCGAGGGAAGAUUUCCUGACGGGACUUCUUCAGCUGUCUGUUAGUAGAAGAACAAGAGGACCUUGGAUGUCAACGCCUAACAGACUCUUGAGACCAGCCACCAGACCACAAAAAGUGACUUUCUCUUUGCGUGGCCUCUGCGUACCCUCCUGAUGGAGGCAGAAAUGGGGAGCAGCACGGAGACUGGAAAGACCGCCAACAGAGGCACUCGAAUUGCUCUGGCUGUGUUCAUUGGCGGCACCCUGGUGCUGGGUAUGAUCCUCUUUCUAGUGAGUCAAGGUUUCUUAAGUCUCCAAGCUAAACAGGAGUACUGCCUGAAGCCAGAAUGCAUCGAAGCUGCUGCUGCCAUCUUGAGCAAAGUAAAUUUCUCUGUGGACCCUUGUGAUAAUUUCUUCCGGUUUGCUUGUGAUGGCUGGAUAAACAGUAAUCCGAUUCCUGAAGAUAUGCCAAGCUAUGGGGUUUACCCUUGGCUGAGACAUAACGUUGACCUCAAGUUGAAGGCCCUUUUGGAGAAAUCUAUCAGUAGAAGGCGGGACACCGAAGCCAUACAGAAAGCCAAAAUCCUUUAUUCAUCUUGCAUGAAUGAGAAAGCGAUCGAAAAAGCAGAUGCCAAACCAUUGCUACACAUCCUGCGACAUUCCCCUUUCCGCUGGCCUGUGCUCGAAUCUAACAUUGGUCCCGAAGGUAUUUGGUCGGAGAGGAAGUUCAGUCUCUUGCAUACUCUUGCAACGUUUCGUGGUCAAUACAGCAAUUCUGUGUUCAUCCGGUUGUAUGUGUCCCCUGAUGACAAGGUGUCCAACGAGCACAUUUUGAAGCUGGACCAAGCAACUCUCUCCCUAGCCGUGAGGGAAGACUACUUGGAUAAUACCACAGAAGCCAAGUCUUAUCGGGAUGCCCUUUACAAGUUCAUGGUGGACACGGCUGUGCUUUUGGGAGCUAAUAGCUCCCGAGCGGAGCAUGACAUGAAGUCAGUGCUUAGAUUAGAAAUUAAGAUAGCCGAGAUAAUGAUUCCACAUGAAAACCGAACCAGCGAGGCCAUGUACAACAAAAUGAACAUUUCCCAGCUGAGUGCUAUGAUUCCCCAGUUUGACUGGCUGGGCUACAUCAAGAAGGUCAUCGAUGUGAAACUCUACCCCGGCCUAAAAGACAUUGGCCCCUCAGAGAACGUGGUCGUCCGUGUCCCGCAGUACUUUAAGGAUUUGUUUAGGAUAUUGGGCUCUGAGAGGAAGAAGACCAUUGCCAACUAUUUGGUGUGGAGGAUGGUUUAUUCCAGAAUUCCAAACCUUAGCAGGCGCUUUCAGUAUAGGUGGCUUGAAUUCUCACGGGUAAUUCAGGGAACCACAACUCUAUUGCCUCAAUGGGACAAAUGUGUAAACUUUAUCGAAAGUGCCCUCCCUUAUGUUGCUGGGAAAAUGUUUGUGGAUGUGCACUUCCAGGAAGACAAAAAGGAGAUGAUGGAGGAAUUGAUUGAGGGUAUUCGCUGGGCCUUUAUUGACAUGCUGGAGAAAGAAAAUGAGUGGAUGGAUGCAGGGACAAAAAGGAAAGCCAAGGAAAAGGCAAGAGCUGUUUUGGCGAAAGUUGGCUAUCCUGAGUUUAUAAUGAAUGACACUUAUGUUAAUGAAGACCUGAAGGCAAUCAAGUUUUCAGAAUCCGACUACUUUGGCAAUGUCCUGCAAACCCGCAAGUACUUAGCACAGUCUGAUUUCUUCUGGCUGCGAAAAGCGGUUCCAAAAACAGAGUGGUUCACAAAUCCAACAACCGUCAACGCCUUCUACAGUGCGUCCACCAACCAGAUCCGGUUUCCAGCGGGAGAGCUCCAGAAGCCUUUUUUUUGGGGAACAGAAUAUCCUCGAUCUCUGAGUUACGGAGCUAUAGGAGUAAUUGUUGGACAUGAGUUUACACAUGGAUUUGAUAAUAAUGGUAGAAAAUAUGAUAAAAAUGGAAACCUGGAUCCUUGGUGGUCUACUGACUCAGAAGAAAAGUUUAAAGAAAAAACAAAGUGCAUGGUUAACCAAUAUAGCAACUACUAUUGGAAGAAAGCUGGCUUAAAUGUGAAGGGGAAGAGGACCCUGGGAGAAAAUAUUGCUGAUAAUGGAGGUCUGCGGGAAGCUUUUAGGGCUUACAGGCAGUGGAUAAACGACCAGAGGCAGGGAGUCGAAGAGCCUCUGCUCCCAGGCAUCGUCUUCACCAACAACCAGCUCUUCUUCCUGAGUUACGCGCACGUGAGGUGUAAUUCCUACAGACCAGAAGCUGCCCGAGAACAAAUCCAAAUUGGUGCUCACAGCCCCCCUCAGUUUAGGGUCAAUGGUGCAGUUAGCAACUUCGAAGAAUUCCAGAAAGCCUUUAACUGUCCAUCGAAUUCCACGAUGAACAGAGGCCUGGACUCCUGCCGACUCUGGUAGCUGGACCGCUGGUUUCUGUCAUCCCAAGAGCCACGCAGUACCAGUAGAGGCCACACGGAGCGCUCGUCGCCACUGCUGUCAGCCUGUAUUCCCCGCCCCACCCCGCUGAACUCCAGUUUUUAGUGCAUCUUCCGUAUUUGGGUGUUGGUUGGAUCGAAAGAGUAUAUUCAAAUUGUAGGGCUCAGAAUCUAAGAAGGGAUCUCAGUAUGUUUCUUUACAAAACCAGACUAACAGAAAUAAAUCUCUAGGCUACUUUUGUUAAAACAUUAUCUGCUGAAUUGUUGCUCUUGCCCAUUUUUAGUGUGAAAAUAGCUAGGUGGUAUACACCGUCUUAAGCCACAGCUUCGCAGGGACCUAAGCAUAAUUUAUCCAGAAAAAAAUUCGGUCUAUUGAAUGUGUAACCCUCAAUGACGAAGCCAUGUUCCUGGAACACCUGGUAGUUCUUGUUGCUCUAUGGAAUGCGCUGCUGCUAGGUUUUAUGCUUCGCCAUCUACCACGUUUAUUAACUCAAUGGUGGUUAAGUUAGAAAUGUGUUGGAGCUUCAUUUUACAAUUUUUGCUGAUAUUUUUGCCUUCAGUUCAGAAGUUUGUUGGGAUGAAAAUGCAUCUUGCAGCUUCUGUCUGACGUAGCCGAUGGCCCUGUUUAAGUCAUCAUGAGCAAAGCUGGCCGAAAGGCUACUUGAAAAAGGGUUUCAGUUCUUCAAAUAGAAAAAAGAAAAAAGGAUGUGUCUUUAAGGCCCAGAAGAAGUCAAAACUCCUCAUCACGCAACAGUAGAGACAUGAGGAGAUGGAAUCUCCACCAUUUGAUCUCUUUUGUCCAAGCCUCAAUGAUUAUGUCUCUCUGACAGACACUUUUCCUUUGUCCAAUUCUUACUUGUCUCGUUACUCUCAUGUAUGUGCAUUUUUCUGUUUCUGAAAUGAGAAGACAUUGAGAAAAUGAUUUUCUGAUUCUCUGUUAGGAACUAACGGCUUUUAAUCCCCCUUUAGCUUAAAGGAACAGAUACUACAUUGAAGUGGGUGCGAAGUAACCUUGUGUUUUGGCUUGGUUAAUGUUACCUCUCUUUGAAAAAAAGCUUUUUGAAAAAUUUGCUGAAGACAUUUUAGAAUUUAUUGAUUAAAUUUAGAAUUCCCUGCAUAGUCCAAAGAAACAUAAUUUUCACCGUCUAAGCCUUCUAAAGAAUCUGUUAGAAAGAGCAGGACUAAGUUUUUGAUCCUCAGGACUUGAUGCUUUCAUGUGAACUUGUCCAUCUCUUAUUAGUGUGUAUCUGUAGGAUAAAAUUGUGAUGGCCUUAAUCUGGCAUUUCAAGUUUUUAAAAAUAACUUUCCUCCCUGUGCAUUAUUCAUUGUAUAUGCAGUUUUGGCCGAUAGGAAAAUCUCAAAA